AUGGCAGAAGAACAAGAAAAUCUUUCUGCUAAUAUAGAUUCUGUUAAUGAUUCAGAUCAUAAUGAAGAAGAGCAGUUAACAGAUGAACAAAAUGAUGAAAAUCAAGAGCAAAAUAACGAAAAAGAAAUAUCAACUGAAGAAGAAAAACAAAAUGAUGAGUUAGCUGAAAAUCAGACUGUUCCAGAAGGACCACCAGAGUUAGUUUCAACAGAAGUUCAAACAGAUUCAAUCGUAAUUGAUUGCUCUACAAUCACAUUAGCUCCAGUUCCUCCACGACCAUUUUUGAUUGACGCACUAAUUGCUAUUCAUGUAUUUUUAAUACUAGCCUUUGUAUUGAAACUCAAUGGUCUGAGUGUAAAUGCAGCCAUUAAUUCGUUAUUUAGCCCAGGAGGCGCAUAG